GAAACAUUUAGCUGAAAAGGUUUUUCGGUCGACCUAGCAUAGCCGCCAUUAUUCACGUCUAGGUGGCAAGGGAGUUGCCCAGUUUUUAUAAUAGAAAGUUUAGCGUUUUCCGAAGGGCUUGUACGUCGACGACUAACGUUAGUACUCACGUGCAAUGUAAGACUUGCGAUAUCACGCUGAAUGUUGGGUUCCUUUGCAUCGAGCUGGGUCCAACGUAGUGUAGCGGCUACCUCCAGACUCGCCAGCAGAUGGAUCAAAUCAUGUAGGAUUUGCAGACGUAUCUGGAGUCGUACUUAAAACACACCUCCAGGUCACAGCUUGAUCUGUUAGCGAGAAUCGGAAUAGAAAUUUUCUGUGCUCUGAUUGACUGACGAUUCACUGCUGAGACAGGAUCCAUUAUGGAUUGGAUGCUCAGUAAAAUGUUGGGGAUAUGUACGUCAGCUUAGAGAUGCUUGUGUGUUCGUCAAUCAAGAAGAGUGAAGCAUGGGGGAACGUUACAAUAUUCACAGUCAAUUAGAGCAUUUGCAAUCAAAAUACAUCGGCACAGGCCACGCUGACACGACUAAGUUCGAAUGGCUUGUAAACCAACACCGUGAUUCCUGCAGUUCUUAUAUGGGACACUAUGAUCUAUUGAAUUUUUUCGCUAUUGCUGAAAACGAAGCAAAAGCGCGAGUACGAUUUAAUCUUAUGGAAAAGAUGUUGCAACCUUGUGGUCCACCUCCAGAAAAGCCAGAAGACUAAUUUCACGAAAAAUUUAUUGCAAACGAGCUGUGGACGUAUUGCAGUGAUUAUAAAUAUUUCACGGUCAUUUGUAUGAAUUAUACAUUCAUCGUAAAAUAAAAAACGUAUUUGGCUUAA